CGACGCGCCGGACGUCGGGCACGUUGACGCCGGCGACGCGCCGGGCCCGGUCCUCUGCGCUCGCCAGUGUCCCGCGGCGGCGGCCCGGCCUUCGUGACGAGCGGGGCGGCGGGUCCGGGGGCCGGGCUUGGACGCAGCCGCGGGGCUGCGUGGGUCGGCCCCGCAGCCUGCCGCCGCCCGAAGGCUGCCGCGUAGCCCCGGAACCGCGCCCGCCGGCCAAGAUGAUGUGCGAGGUGAUGCCGACCAUUAGUGAAGCGGAAGGCCCCCCAGGAGGAGGUGGGAGCCAUGGGUCAGGCUCCCCUUCACAGCCAGACGCUGAUUCACAUUUUGAGCAGCUCAUGGUAUCCAUGCUGGAAGAACGAGACCGCCUUCUGGACACACUGAGAGAGACGCAAGAAACACUGGCGUUAACACAGGGGAAAUUGCACGAGGUUGGUCAUGAAAGAGAUUCCUUGCAGAGGCAGCUCAACACUGCGCUUCCACAGGAGUUUGCUGCACUCACGAAGGAACUCAACGUGUGUAGGGAGCAACUUCUGGAGAGGGAGGAGGAAAUCGCUGAACUGAAGGCAGAGAGGAACAACACCAGGCUGUUGCUGGAGCACCUAGAGUGCCUUGUGUCCAGGCACGAGCGCUCUCUGCGGAUGACAGUGGUGAAGAGGCAGGCACAGUCGCCUGCAGGCGUGUCCAGCGAGGUGGAGGUGUUAAAAGCACUGAAGUCACUGUUUGAGCAUCACAAAGCUUUGGAUGAGAAGGUACGAGAGCGACUACGAGUAGCUCUGGAGAGGUGCAGCUUGUUAGAGGAGGAACUGGGUGCCACCCACAAAGAGCUAAUGAUUCUUAAAGAACAGAAUAAUCAGAAGAAAACACUAGCAGAUGGAAUGGUUGAUGGAAACCAUGAACAGGAAAACACACCAAGCACCAAUGGCAAGAGAUCUUCCGACGGCUCCUUGAGCCACGAGGAUCUUGCCAAAGUGCUGGAGCUGCAGGAAGUCAUAGACAGGCAGGCAAGAGAGCAGAGCCAGAUGAAGGAGCGCCUGGCCUCCCUGUCUAGUCAUGCAGCGGAGCUGGAGGAGGAUCUGGACACAGCUAGAAAAGACCUUAUCAAGUCUGAAGAGAUGAAUACGAAACUGCAGCGAGAUGUCCGUGAAGCGAUGGCCCAGAAGGAGGAUAUGGAGGAAAGAAUCACCACUCUUGAGAAACGCUACCUCGCAGCACAGCGUGAAGCCACGUCUGUGCAUGACCUCAAUGACAAACUUGAAAAUGAAAUUGCAAAUAAAGACUCCAUGCACCGACAGACAGAGGACAAGAACCGCCAAUUGCAAGAGCGUUUGGAGUUGGCAGAGCAGAAGCUGCAGCAGACCCUGCGCAAAGCUGAGACGCUGCCGGAGGUGGAGGCUGAACUGGCCCAGAGGGUGGCUGCACUCUCCAAGGCUGAGGAGAGACAUGGCAACAUUGAAGAGAGGCUGCGGCAGAUGGAGGCACAGCUGGAGGAGAAGAAUCAGGAACUGCAGCGGGCAAGGCAGAGAGAAAAGAUGAAUGAGGAACAUAAUAAACGCUUGUCUGACACUGUGGACAAGCUGCUCUCGGAGUCCAAUGAGAGGCUGCAGCUGCAUCUGAAGGAGAGAAUGGCGGCGCUGGAGGACAAGAAUUCUCUACUACGGGAAGUUGAGAAUGCAAAGAAGCAACUGGAAGAGACACAACAUGAUAAGGACCAACUUGUUCUGAAUAUUGAAGCCCUGAGGGCUGAGCUGGACCAGAUGAGACUGAGAGGCCCUUCACUUCAUCACGGCCGACCCCAUUUGGGCAGCGUCCCGGACUUCAGGUUCCCUGUGGCAGACGGGCAUGUGGAUGCUUACAGCACCAGUGCAGUGUUGCGGCGACCCCAGAAGGGCCGGCUGGCAGCGCUGCGGGAUGAGCCCUCCAAGGUGCAGACCCUCAAUGAACAGGAUUGGGAACGGGCCCAACAAGCCAGCGUCUUGGCAAAUGUGGCACAAGCAUUUGAGAGUGAUGUGGAUGUAUCUGAUGGUGAAGAUGACAGAGAUACUCUGCUCAGCUCAGUUGAUCUGCUGUCACCCAGUGGGCAGGCUGAUGCACAGACAUUGGCCAUAAUGCUUCAGGAGCAACUGGAUGCCAUCAACAAAGAGAUCAGGCUGAUACAAGAAGAGAAGGAGAAUACGGAGCAGCGGGCAGAGGAGAUUGAGAGCAGAGUGGGCAGUGGAAGCUUGGACAAUCUUGGUCGUUUUAGAUCAAUGAGCUCCAUCCCCCCCUACCCUGCUUCCUCGCUUGCUGGCUCUUCUCCUCCAGGCAGUGGUCGGUCCACACCGAGAAGGGUCCCUCACAGUCCUGCCCGGGAGGUGGACAGGCUGGGUGUCAUGACUCUGUUGCCAGCUUCCAGAGAAGAGGUACGAGACGACAAGACGACGAUAAAAUGUGAAACCUCUCCCCCCUCCUCCCCGAGGCCCCUGCGCUUAGACAGGCUGCACAAGGGCGCACUGCACACGGUCAGCCAUGAGGACAUCAGGGACCUGAGGAACUCCACAGGCUCCCAAGAUGGUCCAGUGAGCAACCCUAGCAGCAGUAAUAGUAGUCAGGACUCCCUCCACAAAGCCCCAAAGAAGAAGGGCAUCAAGUCCUCCAUUGGCCGCUUGUUUGGCAAGAAGGAAAAGGGCCGGCCUGGGCCACUGGGGAAGGAGUCACCAGGACAAGCUGGUGUUUCAGAGACAGAAAAUUCAUCUCAAGAUGCCUUGGGACUCAGCAAACUGGGAGGACAAGCUGAGAAAAACCGUAAACUUCAGAAAAAGCACGAGCUGCUGGAAGAGGCCCGCAGGCAGGGUUUGCCUUUCGCACAGUGGGAUGGGCCCACGGUGGUGGUAUGGCUGGAGCUCUGGGUUGGGAUGCCUGCCUGGUAUGUGGCUGCUUGCCGAGCAAAUGUCAAGAGUGGUGCCAUCAUGUCAGCCCUGUCAGACACCGAGAUCCAGCGGGAGAUAGGCAUCAGCAACCCUCUGCACAGGCUGAAGCUGCGGCUGGCCAUCCAGGAGAUUAUGUCACUAACCAGCCCUUCUGCCCCACCCACAUCCAGGACGCAGACGCUAGCAUAUGGGGACAUGAACCACGAGUGGAUUGGCAACGAGUGGCUACCCAGCCUAGGCCUGCCGCAGUACCGCAGCUACUUCAUGGAGUGCCUUGUAGAUGCCCGGAUGCUGGACCACCUGACCAAGAAAGACCUGCGAGGGCAGCUGAAGAUGGUAGACAGCUUCCACAGAAACAGUUUCCAGUGUGGAAUUAUGUGCCUGAGAAGGUUGAAUUAUGACCGAAAAGAACUGGAAAGAAAAAGAGAAGAGAGUCAGAAUGAGACAAGAGAUGUUCUUGUUUGGAGCAAUGACCGGGUGAUUCGCUGGAUCCUGUCGAUUGGCCUUAAAGAGCUCGAGCUGUCUUGGAAAGAGAGUUCAACAACCUUUUGGUCACAGGGACUGAUCGAAGGUUUGAUGAGGACGAUGACAAAAGCUUCAGGAGAGCACCUUCAUGGAGGAAGAAGUUCCGACCGAAGGACAUCCGUGGCCUGGCCUCUGGCUCUGCAGAGACAUUGCCUGCCAACUUCCGGGUCACCUCCUCUAUGUCAUCUCCCUCUAUGCAGCCAAAGAAGGUUCAAAUGGACGUUUACCCGCACUACUUCUACAGAUGACGACACCAUGGCAGAGACAGGCAGAGCUUGGUGGAGCCCCAUCUGGCAGCACUUGCUGUAUGGACCCAAGAUAUUUUAUUACAGAGUUUUUAAACUUGUGGGAAAAAAAAAUCACAAAUACCAUAGAGAAAAUAUUUUAGAAUUGACUGUUUCUUAUAUUUAUGUAAACUUACACUUCCUCAUUUAUAUAGUUAUGUACUCUUUCAUGUAUAUCCAGGCUAUAAAUAUCCUUUUGAGUCAGUUCAUGUUCUUAUACCUAAUUUUAGUCUUUUAAAUGAAUGUACUGUAAUGCUUGUGUGUAAAUCUGAGCAAAUAUAGGGCUUUUGUAAAUUAUGCAUUUACUGUAAUUAUUCCUGUUUAAUUUUUUAAUGAUGAAUCCGACAGAGGAAAGGAUUUUGCUACGUUUAUAAAGUCAUCAUGAUACAAGCCAUGUGCAUUCUCCUCUACCCAGCUCUGCAACAAUCAUUCUGAAACAAGCAGACUUUAUUUCCAGACUUUUUUCUGUCGUAUUUUAAUGACUGACCUUAAUUGUACUUUUUCUACAAGAAAUCUCAGCUUCCAUUAGGCUUGGGACGAAUGGUCAGGACUCUGUGAACAGCCCUUAGCCCUGGCCACAUCCCUGGCCCUGCUCUGGACAUGGGUCGAUUGUCUUCAGAGAUUGAGCAGGGCCUUGAGCUAGGAGCAGCACUCUACAGGGGCAGGGUGACUCAUCACCUGCGGACUGAGCAACCUAGAGAACCUUGCAGCUGCCUCCCUGCACUCUCUUCAAGGACCAAUCACCAUGGGCAGGUGCUCAUUUCCUGACUGGGGCAGAGCAGGUGAAAGCAAGAAACCUCAGCGGAGCAGGCAGCCUGCAACUCCAAUAAAGGCCUUAUUCUUCUUGUGUAAA